CUGUGGGGUUGCAAGGCUGGAAAGUCUCUUGGCUGUGCGAGGCAGUGAGCUUGUCACAGGCGGCGCGCUGACUGAUCUCUCGCACAGGGGCUUCUGUGUAAACUGAGGCUAAACAAACACAGAUGGAGCGCAGCGUGCACUCCCCAGACAGGCGGCCAAUGCGGCAGGGACUUCAGCUGACAUUCUGACUGCUCCCGGGGAGAGCCCCCCGCCGCCCUGCCUGGGCCGAGCCGCGUGGGAGCCCAGCUGCGGCAGCAGAGCAGGAGGGGGAGGGAGGGUGUAUGUCUGCAGGGGGGGAGCCAGCGACCUGCGAGCCGGCACUCACUGACAGGCGCCCGACAUGAGAAACAUGCAGCUCCUGGACGAGGAGCCGUGGCAAAGCCUGUGCGGGAAGGAGCUCGGCGGCCUCAAGAAGCUGAAGCGGAAGCACAAAGAGCCGCCCGCGAACGGCUACAAAAGUUUCAAAGUGGCGCUGAAAGUCAGCGAGCGCGGGCGGCAGCUGGAGAGACCCGCGAGCCUGGUGCCCGAGAGCGGGGCGGCGGGCAGCUCGCAGGGGGCGGCGGCCCCGCCGCUCCUGGGCGGCAGAGAGGCGGGCAGCGCCGCCGGGGCGCUGGACAUGCGGAAAGGCGCUUUCCCGGCGGCAGGACUCGCCUCCCAGCCCCCGCGCAAAGAGCCCGGCUUGCCCCCGGCCGCUGUGAACGGGCUCCAGCCGUGCCCGGGGGAGCAGAGCCUCCCGUCCAGGCUCGUCUUGUGUCCGCCGCCGCCGCAGCGCCCUUUGGAAAGUGCCUACGCCUCCGUCGCACAUGGCGCUUACAACAGCACGCCCGAGUCCGCCGCAUCGCCUAGGAAACGGCUGGGGGAACCGGCAGGCGUCUCCUCGGAGAUCAAAGCCAUCCAGCAGACCCGGCGGCUGCUGGCGAACGCCCGGGAGAGGACCCGCGUGCAUACCAUCAGCGCAGCCUUCGAGGCGCUGCGAAAACAGGUUCCCUGCUAUUCUUAUGGUCAAAAGUUGUCCAAACUGGCCAUUUUGAGAAUAGCCUGUAACUAUAUCCUUUCCCUGGCCAGACUAGCUGACAUGGAUUACAGCGCUGACCACAGUAACAUGAGCUUCUCAGAAUGCGUGGAGCAGUGCACUAGGACCUUGCAGGCAGAAGGGAGAUCUAAAAAAAGGAAGGAGUAAUAACCAGGAGGGAGGAUUCAGAAGACUUUCCAACCAGAGUUCCAUCCAUUCUUGGCAAAGGUUGCAUGAUCCAGAUGAAGACUGCAGCUUUUUGAAAAGACCCCUUUUCAAGACGAGAGUUGGCAGUGGGACUUUCUCAAUCUCUGGAAAAAAAAAAUGGAGAUGUCUUUUUUUUUUAAGCCAGCCACCUUUUAGUAUGUGCAAUUUAUUUAGCACUUUUCCCUUUGCUUAACUGGGAAAUGUUACCCUCUCGGCUCAUGUUGUACAGUCAUUUUGUUGUUGUUGUAGCUGUUGUGCCAAAGACUUGAUGGAGCUUCUACACUGUGUCUAGUUUUGCCUUAAAUGUUAAAUCCUUGAGCCAAAGAAAACUCAGAAAUUCCGUUUAGGUAAUGUUGAGUGGGCCAGUUUAAUCAGUGACAUAUCUGAAUUUCUGAAUCCUUCUCUAAAAGUUUCCUCUUUUUUUUCUCUUGUUCAUAUCUAUCUACUUGCAGCCCUGGAACCAGCAUUCACAGCCGGAAAAAACCAGGACACACCAACACUUGCUCCAGAGUUGAUCUCUCUUUCUUUCAGCGAUUUCAUUGUUCUACUUCUUUGGCAAUUACCUGGUUUUCUUCCUGCUGGGAAACACAUGCAUAGGGUAGAAAUAUUGACACAAAGUGAGUGCUGAAACCAGAUCUAUGCUUUUUAAAUAUAAAUAUAUCAAUAAAUAAAAAGUGCCACGUAAAGCAAUAAAAAAAAAAUCAAUAAGACAGUUCAGAUAGGCAGCAUGGUGUGUAGCAAAACAAUUCAGUAGUUGUUUCGGUUUUGUGAAGUCAUUUUUGGCUGUUUUUUUUUUUUAAGUAGUUAAAAACCCAUGUAAUGCAAAGGCAUUUGAAUCCUAUACUGUAUUUUUCGCUUCAAAUUGAAGUAAAAAAAUUAAGAACCAUUUGCUUGGAGUAAGCAAACUUUAUAGGUAAUGCAGUUCAUAUGCAAGACAUCUGCUAGUGAUGGAGGACAGAAUUCAGUGUCAGAGUAAAAGAAUAUGGGUUUGUAAAGAAAGGAGAUUAACAUAUUUUGUUUUCACUUAAGGGUAAAGGUUAUACCUCAGGGGACAGAUUCAGAUCUCAGUUACACUAGUGUAAAUCAGGUUUACUUACGUUUGAUUUACUCCAGUGUAACAGAUCUCAAUCUGGCCCUGUGUGUGUAUGUCUGGAGUUGCGUGGGGGAGUGGGGUCUCUUCUCUUCAUUAUAUGAACAUGUAACUCUUAGCAGCCUCAGCAGGAAUUAUGCAUGUGUGCAGAGGGGAGAUCAGACUCUGUGCUACUAAACCAUUGACCGGAUAUCAAUACAAAAUCCUGAACUCAUCAGUUGCCAUCUGUUUAUUUUUCUGUCUGAGCUCACCAACUUAAAGGAUCUCUCUUGGUUUUCGUGGCCCCUGAGAAGGUGGUAUAUGAAGGCUGAGUGGCUGUGUGAUAUCUGCCCUGAAGAGCGUCUGACCCUCCAUGACAGAGCACUGGACUCUGGGUUGAGGGCUUGUUCAUUGGAAUGCAGAUUUCCAGUGAGGGCAUGGGAGAAUUCCCAGUUGAAAUGCUUGAAGCGCCUUUGCAUGAUACUUCCCAUUCAAGGAUGUAAAUACAUCUCCCACAGCCCGCACAGUGCUUCGGAGUCCCGGCAUACUUGAGCAAUGCUACCAGAAGUGGAGCAACCACCCAGAAAUCUCCUGUGGCGUCUUAUCAGCAAUCACUAUAGGGAUACUGGAGGGAAUUGCUGCAGCUUUGAAGAUCCACUGCUGAGAGGUAACUGGAAGAUGGGAGGGGGAGGUAUGAACUGAUGGAUUUAGUACAGUAGAGGAGAAUUAACGAAGCGGAUAGAAAAACUGGGAAGGAAUUGAAGGAUUGAAGGGCAGGGAGGAGGGAACACCACAACAUGAGCGAAUGUGGAUACCUAGGGGUGCUGAUGGAAGUUUUGCUCUGGGGCCUAGCGACAAACUCUGCUUCGACUAGCAGUAAACCUGCCCUCCCAUUGGGUAAAUGCACAGAAUUCGGCUUGGAACCACUGGUGGGAGAUAAGACUGACACAGUCAGCUCAUGCUGUUUUAGAUAUAGUUGGGGUAGCACAGCCAGUUCUCUGAUCUGGAGUAGAGUUGCAUGAAAAAUUCAGAGUGGGCACUUUUUAAAGGAAUUUAGUUUCCUUUUCUGAUCACAAAUUGUCCAGAAGCAGUUCAUCAUUUUGUAAGGUGUGUUAGUUACUAAUUAUUCAUUAUUCAUUACUUGCUAAUAGUUCUUUUUCAGGAACUAUGCAGGAGUCACAAGCCGAGCUGUACUGCUGCAUUCUGGUUGGAUAUCUAGGUCACAUGGUAUUACGUGUGCUCUGAUUAGGGGGAAGAUAGAAUCAGGAUUCAGGCUUACAAAUUCCAAAACUCAUUUUCUUCUAAUAUUCUCUACCACUCACAUUAAAUUUGCUGCUCCUGCCAUAAAGUCCUGCAGAGGAAUGUUCCCCAAAAGCUAAUACUAAUGGAGUACUGCCAGAACAAAAGUAAUGUCAGGUCUUCAAAUGUCCAUAAAAUAUUUUGUAGAUGUUCACUCAGCUCUACUCUGGACUCUCAAUGGGAUACAUUUACCUAAAACUAGGGAACUACAAUAGUUCUUGCCCAACACCAUUGCCAGCAAAGUUAGCAAUAUGGCAAUAUUGAUAGCCCUAAGCCAUGUCUUCACUGAGAAUGAAUGUGAGUUUUUACCAUGGGAUAACUAACACAUGUGUGAGCUAUGCCAUUGUAAAAACAUAGUGGAGACAAGGCACUGGAGUUUUUUCUGCGAGGUAAAUUAGGCAAGAUCACCCAUAGGAAAGAGUAUAGUGCUGACCUUGACUAGCUACCUCCUGGUAAAGGCUACCAGUGCUUUAUCUGAGAUAACUACCCAGUGUUUGUUCUCGCUCUGUAAAAAAGACACCUUUGUGCCAGUGAAGACAAAGCCUUAAUAUAAACGCUCCAUUGGCUGUUACACAUUUGUAAUGCUAUAUCAGUGAGCUGAUCUAAGAGAUGACAUACGUGCCUAACACCACCAUGCACUCUGCAGAGCUUAUCCGAAGGGAAAUUCCGUUGGCAAGUGGACUUUUCCCUUGCAAUAGCCCAAAUAAAUACAUGUGUUGAAGAUAAGGGAAAAUGGGAAUAUGAACUGUGCGUAUCUGAAUUUUAAAAGAGAGCCCUCCCCCACCUUGCCCUUAUUUUCAAUUUUUGGGUUCAGUUACACAAAAUCUUGAGAUUUGCAGGGUUUAAAGUAAAGAACAGGAUACAGCCCUGAAGCUGCAUGUUUCCUGGUUGCUUACUUUUGUGCCCUGAAGCUGAACUUGUUCCUCGACACUGUUGUCCUUUUAAUUUACACGUAAACAAUUUGCCAGAACUCAACUGUAAUUGACCAUGAACUUCCAUAAUGGAAAGAGGCGACAACAUGUUCAAUAAGUAAUGACGAGCUGAUCCAGGCAAAAGGGUUUCUAGUUUGAUAAUGCAUUUACUACAGCACAGAGUGGUGCUCACCAGGACUACUAAAUCUAGCCACUAUAGGCUCAUGGAGCCAGAUUCUGAUUUCGAUUACAAGCAGUGAAAAUCCAGAGCACAGUAACUACAGUAAAGUCAAUGGAAUUUUUGCAGAUUUAUACCAAUAUAUUGUACCUGAGAUCAGAUUCUGGCCUCCUGGGUGUUAUGGACUAUAAUGCGAAAGGUAAGGUAUGCCAUGCCAAUAACAGCACACAUCAUCUGUACUUAAAGCACCACACCUUGUAAGUGUUCACACAGCACCCCAGUAUAUGAUAGCAUCUGCCCUGGUCAGGCACUGUACCACUCAGGUCUAAAUGAUCUCUGAAUGACUUUAGCCAACAUGAAGAUUUCAGAGAUAUUUAACAAUGAAAGCAGAUCUUAGAAAUGUGACAACACUAUCACCUCCAUCUCCCCAUUGUGAGUUUUCAGGGGGCGUGAAAUGGACCUUAAACUAUGUGAAACAAACAGAGGUUGUAUGUUUCAAUAGCAAAGGAUUCACAGCAGCAUUCCAUGAGAGCUACUGUACCUGCAUGUUAAAUAAAUGUUUUGACACAAACAACUCAUUGAGAUGUUACCUAGUCUUGUACCACAAUGCCGAUCCUAGCAGCAGCUAUAGAUAUAAAGCGGAAUUUUGCUCUCAGCUAUCCUGGUAUGUAACUAACUAUAAUCAGUGGAGAUAGUCCAGAUUUAAACUGGUCUCACAGAGAGCAGAAUAUAGCCCAUAUUCUGGGAUGAUUUACAUCUCAGGAGAUCCUAUUGACUUCAGCAGAACUCCAUACAUUGUAUGCUAACACUGUAUCUCAUGCAUAAUGUAAAAGCACACAUACAAGAACGGGGCUGAAGAUAAGAAUCCUUCCUCAAUACAGAAAUCCUCUUUCAACAGUUCUGGAAAACCACUCAUGAAGAAAGAGGACAACCUCAGUAAAGGGACCCCAGGUUGCAAAUGUAGUUUUGCCAACUCUUGUGAUUUUAUCCCGAGUCUUGCAAUAUUUGGUGGUUUUCUUAAAGCCCCAGCCCCUGAAGGGAUGUAAUUAGGUGAAAAUCUCAUCUUUCAUUAAAAAAAAAGAAAAAA